UACAUCAGCGCCACUGCUGCAGCAGCGGCCGACCCUCAACCUCGAGGGUUAAUCAUUGUUUAGUAAAACCACUUUUCUCCAAAUCAGAGCGAACCUGUCUUUUCUCCGUCCGUUUUGACUGAAUUAACUUCCGUCACAUUCAGCGUUUGUGCAGGAGAAACCGAGGAGCUGAAGAUGAACACCAGCAGCGGCAAGACUUUCCUGUUCACGUCCGAGUCAGUCGGAGAAGGACACUCCGAUAAAAUGUGUGAUCAGAUCAGCGAUGCUGUACUUGAUGCAUACCUCAGUCAAGAUCCAGACGCUAAAGUGGCCUGUGAGUGUGUGGCAAAGACUGGUAUGAUCUUACUGGUUGGAGAGGUGACUUCUAGAGCCAUUGUGGAUCUCCAGUCCGUGGUUCGAAACACCAUCAAGAAGAUUGGCUACGAUGACUCUUCUAAAGGUUUUGACUACAAGACGUGUAAUGUGCUGGUGGCUCUGGAGCCUCAGUGUGUGGAGAUCUCGGACUGUGUGUUUGAAGGCAGGGACCAGGAGGACAUUGGUGCUGGAGACCAGGGCUUGAUGUUCGGCUACGCGACAGAUGAAACUGAGGAGUGUAUGCCCUUAACCAUCCUACUGGCUCACAAACUCAACUACAGAAUGAGGGAGCUGUCACGCAACGGAGAGUGCCCUUGGAUAUUACCAGACUCCAAAUCCCAGGUCACGGUGGAGUACCUAGACAACAUGGGAGCGAUGGAGCCGCUACGCGUCCACACUGUGGUCAUAUCAGUUCAGCACAGUCCUGACAUCAGCCUGGAGGAAAUCAGAGACAACCUCAUGGACAAAGUGGUGAAGGCUGUCAUUCCUGCCAAGUACCUGGAUGACAAAACCAUCUACCAUCUACUGCCCAGUGGCAAAUUCCUCAUCGGAGGCCCACAGGGUGAUGCAGGGCUCACCGGACGCAAGAUCAUAGUGGACACCUAUGGCGGAUGGGGUGGCCACGGAGGUGGGGCUUUCUCUGGAAAGGAUUACUCCAAAGUGGAUCGGUCAGGCGCUUAUGCAGCGCGUUGGGUCGCCAAGUCUUUGGUUAAAGCCGGGCUGUGCAGGAGGGCCCUUGUUCAGAUCUCCUACGCCAUCAGCGUAAGCCAUCCGCUCUCCAUCACCGUGUUUCACUAUGGCACAUCGAACCGUGAUGAAGAAGAGCUUCUGCAGAUUGUAAAGAAGAACUUUGACCUCCGGCCUGGAGUCAUUGUGAAAGAGUUGGGGCUGAAGCGGCCGAUUUACCAGGCCACCGCCUGCUACGGUCACUUUGGAAGAAAAGAGUUGCCGUGGGAACAACCGAAGCCUCUGGCGCUUUGAUUUAGGUUCCACCGUCCGGUUACGUCCGUGAUGAAUGAGUUGCGAGUCCAAUUUAAUA